AUGGGACCUCAGCGCUUCAAGCGGCAGUUCAUUGUCGCAAUUCUCCUGGCCGCCUCGAUCAUCUGGUUAAUGCGUUCUUUCGAACAUGAGGAUGCCGACGUGGCCCGUACGAUGCCGCUACUACAAAAAUACAUUCAUCCGCCUAGUGGAAAAGGAGGUGCAUGGUAUAUUCCUCCUUCGUGGUUGGAGAAUGCUACGACUGCACCGGAAAGCAUUGUCGACGCGGCCAAACUAGCCUCCGACAAAGCACAAGCGCCUGAAAGGCAGAUCACCCUCUCCAGCAUUCCGAUGAUCGUCCACCAAACAUGGAAGACGACUGAUCCGCAGACAUGGCCGCCGCCAAUCCGUCAGAGCACGGAGUCAUGGCUCCGAGCCGUCGAGCAGGACCAGAUGGCUUACUUCCUCUGGGAUGACGAGGGUAUUAACCAGUUCAUCAAGCACUUCGAGCCCGGACUGGAGACGCAAUUCUACGCGCUUGGGAGCAAUGUCGAAAGAACGGAUGUUUUUCGCAUUCUGGUUUCGAAGUGGAUCGGUGGUGUCUACGGAGAUAUGGACACCGAACCACUCCGCAAGCCCAAGAGCUGGAUCAACGCCUCGGACACCCAGCCCUGGCGGGACCCGGACACAGGCGCCGUGUACCGAUCCACCAAGCCUGUCCGCGCAAUCGUCGGCCUGGAGGCGGAUUGUCCCCCCGGCAGCGAUUUGUAUUGGCGGAUGGGGUAUACCCACCCCGUGCAACUCACGCAGUGGGCCUUUGCCUGGGCGCCGGGACAUCCGAUCCUCCAGAUGUUUCUUGAUCGGUUCUCUGCGGCAAUGCAGGAAAGGUCGAAUCAGGCAGUCGAUCCGCUGGUUCUGACGGGUCCGGUUGCGUUCACGGAGGCGGUGCAGAGUUGGCUGGUGGCAACGACGGGGCUACGGUGGAAUGCGCUGACGGGAUUGCAUGAUGGGGGCAGGAGUAAGGUAGUCGAGGAUGUCUUGGUGCUGCCCAUUACGGGGUUCAGCCCCGGGAGAGGCAGAUACGGCAAUAUGGGGUCGAAACCCGUAACCGACCCGUCGGCGCGACUACGCCAUCGAGCGCAGGGCUCAUGGAGGAAGUUUGACCUUCUGGUGGAGUACGGGAAGUUCUGCCGGACGGUGUUUGGCCGGUGCAGAAAUUGGACCAAAGUCCCUCAUACAUCAUUCUAA